AUGCGCUUAGCUCGAGUCAAGUCGGAAGAGGAGGAGGAUUCGAAACUUCACAUUGUGUCCGAGGAUGAUGAUGAUGAUGACGACGAAGAGUCGUCGUCUGAAGAUGACAGCGAUAGUGAGGAAGAAGAGGUACAGAACGACAGAGGAAACGAUACUGAUACUGCAAAUACCAGUAUCACACGUCCAGAUGAGGGCACAGCACCAGUAACAGCACCGGCACCAGCAACAGAAGGAGAAAAAGAAGCAGCAGCAAUAACCGCAGAUCCCUUGGAUCCGGUAUGCAUGUUCGGUCAGAGCACCAUCCCAGAGAACAUCCAGAGCACCUUGGACGAGUGGCACAAACAACACCCAAGAACAGUACCACCAUGCUCAUAUCGGAGCGGAAUCCCGAAACAAGCAUGGAAAGUCUUCGAUCAAAAUGGCAACGAGCUACCCUUUUCAUUGUUUAUGAUCAAGAGGCCUAUUCCGUAUAAGAUCACCUUCAUUUCCAAUGAAGACGGUUCGGGAAAGCUGGUUUCUUGUCGGCCAUAUUCUCCUUUUCAGAUAUUUCUUACUGGUUGGAAUGGACUGGCGGGCUAUGACGAGGAAGCUUGUGCUGUGAGGUUGUUUGCUAGGAAUCUGGAGGAUAUCGUUUUUACGCCAGGGUGUUUUGAUAAGGCCCGCAGGACCAAACCGGAAGCUGUAACGACAAGUGCUGCGGCUAACGGCACGUCCACGGAGAAGGAUACAACUAAAUCUCAUAAACGGGGAAGACAACGCGACGGCCGAACGAGCGAUGGCAGCACUACCCGCUCAGUCCAACAAAAAAAGCCCGAAAACAACCCCAUUUCUGACCCCGCCUCUGAAAACCCUUCCUCGAACGAAUCAUCACAAUCAGAAUGCGAAGACAUCCCAGCACGCCCGACAAAAAGAUCCAGAAACAGCACUUCAGACGCAGCUUUACCACAUCCCGCGGCCCCACCCAAAACUACAUCGCCAAACACUAAAGAGGUAGCAUUCAAGCUCGUAUCCGAACUCUCAGACGCAACACGCUGCUUUCCAAUAACCGAGUGCAAAUCCAGCCGUGAUCUUUUCGCGAAAGCACGCAAGUUUUUUCGACUACUGGACGAGAAAUUAGAUGUCAACGUGCUCUCUUGCCGUAUACCGUCUAAACACGAACGGAGAUAUCUGUUCGAGGGAAGCCAGGGCGAAUUCAAUCUGCUUAUUCAUGACGUGAGGAACUUACAGGGUGUUGGUGCGAAGACGCUGAUUAUUGAGGUUAAGUGUAUGGAGUGA